GUACCUACUCUUUAAUCUAAUUGGUAACUAUAUCUAUCGUGUUGCCAAAACGACGAUAACAAUGUCCACACACACCACGGCACAACCGUAACUCUACGCCGGUUCGGGACGCUUAAUCGACACAACCGACGUGCAUCCUCACCAACACGUUUUCGUCGAUAUAAAAUAAUACAUCACCACACGGUGUUCCGGACAAAUCAAAAAUCUACUAAGUUUCUGAAUUCCAAUACAUCUUCUCUACAAUAUUAUUAUCGUUGUAUCCACGUCCGCCAACUUGUAUUGCGAUAUAGUUUUUUUUUUUUAUAUAACGACCUGAAAGUACUUUGAUUGGAAAAAUGGAGUCCUCAUUGUGUACCUCAAUCGUCGUGGACUCCAUAUCUGGUGAAAGGCUGGAACCGUCACACUCCGCUAUUAUCACUAUCAAUGUCUCACCUGAACUGAACAAUAUAAUAGUCGCGCGUGGGAGGAACGUACAAUCACAAUAUAAUUUGAGAGAACUCAGCGGACUCUACACAGAUGAAAUCUAUCCGGAUCGGUUGGCCAUGCGUUUCAGAGAGCAAAAAAAAAACCUGAUAGUGCUCUGCCAAGACAAAACUCAUAUCCGGAACAUAUUGUUUUAUGUCUACGAGUUUAUUGCUUUGAACAAUAUGACUCAUGUCAUCAACGACGAGUACAGGUUGAACAUGGGCUCGUUCUCAUGUUUAGAGCGUUUUGAUUUCGAAGCAAUCAAGUACAAUGUAACAAACCUAAUAUUAGAAAAUGUCGUUGUGUGUACCUUAAAAGGACUUACCACUAUGUCACACAUCCAAUGCAUCAGCCUGUCAGGCAGCACACUGGGCAGGACACGGUUGGAAAAGGAGACAUUUUGGAACUGGAUGACUUUUCCUAACAUCGAAGAUUCGUUGACUGUUCUGUUGCUGGAUUCGAUUAAUUUGACAAUGGUACCGUUUGAAAUGCAGAACCUGUAUAAACUGAAAUCUUUAUCUAUGGCCGAUAACAAUUUGAAAUGUUUACCUCAUUUUUUUGAUGGUAUGCCUGAAUUGACCUCUUUAUUUAUUAACAACAACAGUUUAACAUACUUACCGGUGAUGCUACAGAAUACAACUUUUAAAGAUAUAAAUAUUGCGGAUAAUAUGUUAAGAUUGCCAAACUCUGAAUCGUUACGUAUUCAAAGACCUAAACCAGAAGAAGAAAGAAAAACUCCAGAAACAUUAUGUAAUUUAGCACUAUUUUCCAUGGUUAAAAAUAAAGUGAAAUUUAAAAGACAAGAUAUAAAUCGUACAUUAUGGGACUAUUUUAAUAAUAUUAGUUCUUGUAGAGAAUGUGAUCGAAUGAUGGUAGUUACUCAACAAAAUGCAUUUUAUGAACUGGGCUUCGUGAGAGCAUAUAACUAUCAAUGUGCAGCAAAUAUUAUUUUAUGGCAGUAUAGCGAGUGUCUUCAUCACUGCAUAGAGUGAUGCAAUUUUCGUACAAGCAUACACGCUCGUUUUAGACUUUUGUCAUGUACACAAUUUUUUAGUUAAAAUUAUAAAAUGUAUUUAUAUUUAGUUAUUAGCAGUAGUGUAAUUGCGAAA